AUCGAAGCCUUUAAUGUUUCCCAAACGAGCAAAAACUUAAAAGUAGUUUUCCUCGGUGGAUAUUGGACUAAGCGUUUGGACCCAGACUUAUUAUGUGAAAAAAAACUUCAGUCCUCUGUCGUGAAGGAGUGUUAACACCUGUUUUUGGGAUAUAAACUUUGGCUCUGUCCUUUUAACGCUGGGUUUCUUGGGAGUUGAACCGAACUGUGCGAUGCAUGUGCUGGCGUCAAACGGAUCCGUGAUGGACCUGCACUCGGAAAAGGUGAAAAUUAAAGCACACUACUGUGGGGACAUGUUGAUCACCGACUUGGCUGCCACAGUAACCUUCGUGGAGCUGUGCGAAGAGGUGAAAAUGAUGUGCAGCGUUGCCAAGCAGCAGCCCAUCACACUGAAGUGGAUCGAUGAUGAAGGCGAUCCUUGUACCAUCUCCUCCCAGAUGGAGCUGGACGAGGCUUUUCGGAUUUACAAUCGGACCAAGAGUUCUGGCCUGCUGCUGCACAUCUUCCCCAGCAUCCCCGAGCGGCCCGGCCUGCCCUGCCCCGGAGAAGACAAGUCGAUCUAUCGCCGUGGGGCCAGAAGAUGGAGGAAGCUGUACAGAGUCAACGGACACCUCUUCCAGGCCAAACGCUUUAACAGGAAAGCCUACUGUGGCCACUGUAGUGACAGGAUAUGGGGGCUGGGCCGGCAGGGCUACAAGUGUAUCAACUGCAAACUGCUGGUCCAUAAGCGCUGUCACCGACUCCUCCCCCAGACCUGCCAAAGGCUUAUGGAUCCAGUCAUGCCAUCACAGGAGCCCCCCUCAGACGCCAAGAGUGAAGAGGUGGACCUUCCACCGGACGACACGGAGGACGCCGACGGCAUACCUUUUAUACCACACAACUGUGCAGUGGAUAAAACUGAAGAUACAGACACAGAGGAAAUUAAGACGGUUGUGGACGGCAUUGAUGGCAUCAAGCUGUCGCAGGGCCAGACUCUCGGGCUGAGCGACUUCGAGCUGAUACGAGUGAUCGGGCGUGGAAGUUACGCCAAAGUCCUGCUGGUUCGGUUAAAGAAGAACGAGCACGUGUACGCCAUGAAGGUGGUGAAGAAGGAGCUGGUCCAUGAUGAUGAGGAUAUCGACUGGGUGCAGACGGAGAAGCACGUGUUCGAGCAGGCGUCCACAAACCCUUUCUUAGUCGGCCUCCACUCCUGUUUCCAGACGGAAAGUCGGUUGUUCCUGGUGAUCGAGUACGUGAACGGAGGGGACUUGAUGUUUCAUAUGCAACGACAAAGGAAGCUCCCUGAAGAACAUGCAAGAUUUUAUGCUGCUGAAAUCUGCAUAGCUCUGAACUUCCUCCACGAAAAGGGCAUCAUCUACCGAGACCUGAAGCUGGACAACGUCCUCCUGGACCACGAGGGACACAUCAAGCUCACAGACUACGGCAUGUGCAAGGAGGGGAUCAGACCCGGCGACACCACCAGCACCUUCUGUGGUACGCCCAACUACAUCGCCCCGGAGAUCCUCCGAGGGGAGGACUAUGGCUUCAGCGUGGACUGGUGGGCUCUGGGCGUGCUGAUGUUCGAGAUGAUGGCGGGGAGGUCUCCGUUCGACAUCAUCACCGACAAUCCUGACAUGAACACGGAGGAGUACCUCUUUCAAGUUAUUCUUGAGAAGCCCAUUCGCAUCCCAAGGUCUCUGUCGGUGAAAGCUGCCAGCGUGCUCAAGGGCUUCCUGAACAAGGAUCCCAAGGAGCGGCUGGGUUGCCAGGUCCAGACGGGCUUCACAGAUAUCAAGUCACACACGUUUUUCAGAAGUAUAGACUGGGACCAGCUGGAAAAGAAAGAGAUGACGCCGCCCUUCAAACCACAAAUCUCCGACGAGUACGGCCUGGAGAACUUCGACACGCAGUUUACUAAUGAACCGGUGCAGCUAACUCCAGAUGACGAGGACGUCAUCAAGAGGAUAGACCAGUCAGAGUUCGAGGGAUUUGAAUACAUCAACCCCCUGCUGCUAUCCACAGAAGAGUCUGUAUGAAGGAGAGGCCAACUUCCUCCUUCGCCCACCUACUGUCUGUCCAAGCUGCCGUCUCGGCCAAAAACAACACUCAUGAGCCAACUGUGGAAGGCGAGGAGGAUGGAAGAGUCCAGGACGACGAGGAGGAGCGACUCACCCUCUGGACUGGUCAUCCAGGCCAAGCAAACAGAGGAGGGGGAGGCUUUCCUCCCGGGGGGGUUCCCAUCGUUUCGUUUGGGGUACCGGACUCUUCUUUCUUGUGUUGAAGGUGGAAACAAAGACACUGGACUACAAGAACAUUCCCCGUCAUUACUUUUUCUUUUCUUCCUUCUGCUCGUCUCCCUUUUCUCUUCAGAAUGUCCAUCCUCGCGUCGACAGCACGGCCAACUCCGUCAUCUCACAACAGAAACGUUUCAUUUUGUGCCUGCCAUCAUGAACACAUCUGAGACCGCCUCGUGUCCCUGGAUGACUGACAGUUCUGCUCAAGAACUCGAACUGAUUUUACGUGCACUUUUUUGUCAAUUUGUUUGUUUUUCUAUCCUGUAGGUGGGCCGCUGCCUCACAUGAAAUAAGAAUGUACAAUGACAAAGGAAAAAAAGUAAGUUAUUGUGUAUUAUAAUGUAGGUUGUGAAUCCAAAAUUGAUGAUGCCUUUUUAAAUCGAUGCAAAUGGCACAUUUUCAUCAGUAUCCACAAACCUUUGUUUUUAUUAUAUUUUAUGAUUUUCACAGACAAAAAGGAGGGAACGCUAACUGGGAAAUUACUUUUUAUUUAAGAAGUGCCUCAAAGAUCAAAUUAAUUAAGUCUCUGAUUGCACUUAUCCCUCUCUGGACGUUCUUCAUCCAUCAUGGCUUCAGGAGCUGAUGACUCCUGACGUAACCUCUGUGUUUGGAGCUCAGACAUCCAUCCUGACACACAAGUCCUUUUGUUUUUAGUGAAUUGAUUAAAAUAAUGUGCGAAUGAUUAUUUAUGAUUGUCUAUAGAUUCAGAAGAGAUUCAAACCACCAUCAGGAACGACAGGAACUUGUGGCAAAACGCUGCAAGGUAAAACUUGACAUGUAGAUACUGUAGUAAUGACUGUGUCUGACUUGCUAAGUUUCCCACGGCCAAAUGGGAGCCGCACAGCCGGGGACACAGCUGUACGAAGGCCACAACAGACUCACUGCCAGUCGCAGGCGGGCAGCUUUAACAUCAUCAACAUUAGGCUGGAAAACCAAGCAUUCCUUCAGCUCCAGCUUCCACGGUGAGUACAGGCUUGCUGGCCGAGCUCAGGUUCCUCCACACCAGCUGCACUGGGUGCUCAUCUGUGGCCCUCCAACAUCUGCAACAUCUGCAAACCUCCAACAUCUGUGGCCCUCCAACAUCUGCAACAUCUGUAGCCCUGAAACAUCUGCAGCCCUCCCAACCCUGAAAAAUCUGCAACAUCUGCAACCCUCCAACAUCUGCAGCCUUCCAACAUCUGCAACAUCUGCAGCCCUCCAAACCUCCAACAUCUGCAGCCCUCCCAACAUCUGCAGCCCUCCAACAUCUGUAGCCCUGAAACAUCUGCAGCCCUCCCAACCCUGAAACAUCUGCAACAUGUGCAGCCCUCCCAACCCUCCAACAUCUGCAGCCUUCCAACAUCUGCAACAUCUGCAGCCCUCCAAACCUCCAACAUCUGCAGCCCUCCAACAUCUGCAGCCCUCCAAACCUCCAACAUCUGCAGCCCUCCAACAUCUGCAGCCCUCCAAACCUCCAACAUCUGCAGCCCUCCAAACCUCCAACAUCUGCAGCCCUCCAACAUCUGCAGCCCUCCAAACCUCCAACAUCUGCAGCCCUCCAAACCUCCAACAUCUGCAGCCCUCCAACAUCUGCAGCCCUCCAAACCUCCAACAUCUGCAGCCCUCCAACAUCUGCAGUCCUCCAAACCUCCAACAUCUGCAGCCCUCCAACAUCUGCAGCCCUCCCAACAUCUGCAGCCCUCCAAACCUCCAUCUGCAACAUCUGUAGCCAUCCGACAUCUGCAGCCCUCCAACAUCUGCAGCAUCUGCAGCCCUCCAAAAUGCUGUGAUCUUUCCUUCGUGCUGCUUCUGUCUCGUUUCAUUGAUCUCUGCACAAAAGCUGGUUUUACCUGCCGCGGCUGCCGCUCCGUGCUGCUUGGAGUCACGAGCUUUGUUGUGGAAGUCGAAGCGAACACGUUCAAAUAGAUCGAUUUGUUAAUGCUGUUAGUAAGUCCAUGUGGGCAGAUCUGAGUACGUACGGAUCCAACUACAUCUGCUGUACACGGGCCUUACGGGCCACGAUACUGUCAGGACAAAGACAGGCUGAAACCAAAAUGUAUCAGUUGUGCCAACAUGUAAAAAGACCAGAUUAAAUUAGAGUGGGCAUCUGGCUCCCAGAACCGUCUCUGGUACCAUGCACUAUUUCUGGCCCCAGGAAGCAUCUCUGGUACCAGGUAGAUCAGGUGAAUGAGGCCCCUGAUUCCCAUCUGGACCUCUGCCGGAGGAGCUUCAGCAUAAGGACUUUGCUUUAAGACAGAGCCGCUGCCAGAACGCUGAGCCCUCAGUCCCUGAACCACAUGUCCAGGAGCUUUAGCGGAGGUCAACGUCCAGAGGACUUGAGACGGAGCUGGAAACGAGUUGCUGCACAUGCUCUUCUGCUGUUGCAGGCUGCACACCAAAAGUCCCGGGGACUCUGAGCCAGUGCAGUUUAGCCGCAGGUUCCUGCAGAGGAAACGCAGCCAUCAGGAGCGGGAACGUCCUCGUCUCUGGGGGAAGUUAGUGGUGGAAACGCAGCUUUAGCCUUGUGUUUUGUUACAUAUCCUGAUCUGAACUUGGGUCUAAUAUCAUGUUUCCAUUUUCAGUAUGCCACUUCUUUUUUUUUUUUUAACUUAUUCCUAUUUUUACUGAAGUUGAGUGCAGGUUACAUGCAGGUACUGAACAGUUUCAGAUGGGGAUGUCAUACAACCAGGAACUUUAAAGGUCUUUUAUACUACGAGCACAAUUCACAGCAACCCUGAGUUUAGUUAGACGGUUCUGAUCAGCAGGUUGUUGUGACCUCUGACAUCACGCAGCGUAAACCCAGGCGGGAUUCGUCCGAACACCGGUCAUCAGUCCCAAAGAGUCCCCAAGCUGCUGCUGCAGGAACCGGAGCCUAAAGCCGGUCCAAGUCCAUAUACUGCCACCUUCACCGAACUGUGAGCGACACGUCCGGAACCAACAGUUGGAGCCCAGAGGACGAGCAGAUCUGGAGUCCCGUUGAUCUGCUGCGUCUUCCACAGACGUUCAUGACGAGACAGAUGUCUGAGAUGACCUGACGGUUUCAGUCAGCUGAUCCCGAGCCGCAGGGUCUCCACGGGCAGAGAUGUGAAGCAGUUCGUACUCGCAGCAGCACCUUCCCCAACUUCUCUGCUGAAAAUACGUUUUAUUUUGGACGCUACAUUAAAACCACACGGGACAUCUUUUUCUUGAGGGACCAAUGGAUGAACUGCGAGUCCUUGAAUCCACAUAACCGACCACCGAAGCCUGUUCCAGCAUCGAAAGAACGGAUGAACUCAGACCCUGACUUUGUUUUGUUUUUUUGUUUUUUAAUGCCAGUUAGUUUUGCUCAGUUUUGCUUCACCACAUCGUUGUAAAUAUGUGUAAUUAUUAAAAAUGAUACUGGUUUUCCGUGA